GAAGACUUUGACAAACACGUCAAAUUUCUUAAAUUAUUUACAAUACGAUGAACAACUAGUAUAAAUUAUUCUUGUACACUUUUGUGUUUAAAAUUUAAAAAAUCGAUUUGAUUAUUCACUAAAUUAACAGUAAAAAAAUAAACCAAUAAUGGUGCUGAAUUUUCCAGGUAAAAGUAAACGUUGCGAUGAGAAGACCAGAGUGUUGCGUUGCAUUAAAGCAAUGAAGAAAAAUCUGAACAAAAGUAGGUGUAACUAUUAUCUAAAAUGUAAUUUUUAUACUAGAACGUCUGGUAUAUCCAUUUCAUGCUUUUCUUGUAAUUCAUGUCCUCAAAUAUGUUGCUUGCCUAUAAUUUUGCUACCAAGAUGUACUGAAAUAUCGUCUUGUUCAACACCACCACCAUCACCUGCUUGUCUUCAGCCAUCCCUUAAUAUUAUUCUGCCUUCAAAUCAAUCUCCACCAUUACGAUGUUCUCCAUUAGAUUGUUAUCAACCAACAGACUCUUAUUCUCCACCAACAGAUUCCAAUCCUCCACUAAUAGACUCCAGUAAUUCUCCACCAACAAAUUUAGAUUCUUCGCCAAUAAAAUAUUUUUCUCCACCAGUAGAUUCUUAUUGGUUUACACCGCCAGACUAUUGCUCUAUAUCACCAGUAUGUUGCGCUCCUCAUCUCCCUUCAUCAGGCUUUAAUUAUCCACAAGUCUAUUACAAUUUACAACCACCAAAUGAAUAUGUUUUCUUACCACGAUGUGCACCAACGGCAAGUUUAUGUUCUUUGUGUGCCUCGCAUUCUUCCGAUUCUUGUCGACCUGAGAUUAUUACAUCUUGUCCAAAAUUGGUUACUCAAAGUUGUCCAAUUCGAAUUUUAACGAGUAAUCAACGUUUAAAAAAUAACCAAAUAUCUAGCAUUAUUAAACCGUUUUAUAUUCGAAGUUAUGAACUAAGAGGUAGUAAAUUUUUAAAAUGUAUGUGCAGGAGUCACUUUGGAUUGCAAGAUUUUUGUCCAAGAACCGGAUGUAAUGGUUCAGCAGCAUGCUUGACUUAUCCUCCGUGUUGUUUACCUAGCCAAUUUGUUUAUUCCUGUCAUGCAAUUCCUAAGGGCGUCUUACAGAAAUUUUACUCAUCUACCGGUGAUUCUUGUCUCCAAUGUAGCUUUGGUUAGCAACAAAAUCUUAUAAACCCUAA